GGGAAAUGGUCACACAUUGAAAACAUGUUCUUUGCCCAUACCAACAAUUUUAUUAUAGUUUUGUUAACUAAAUAAGAAUGGAAUUUUUGAAAACUAGUCCUUGUUGGUUGAUUUUCUUCUUCACGUUAGUGCAAAGUUAUCAUGCAGCCAUAUCGUGUCCGCCUUCAACACCAGUGAAACUCAACACAUUCUGUCAUCAUUCUCAAGUGUCUGUUCCAUUUCCUUUUGAAUGUGACGCUACCCCUGUAAACUACUGUCACAAUGCCGAAAACUUGUUGCAGCCGAACAAUUCAACUAAAGUUUACUUGGACGGCAACAGAUUCUUUGACGGCGAUUUAAUUGGCAAUUGCUGGAACGAUUCGACGACGACUUAUAGCCAAUCUGGACAUUGGCAGAUUAAAUUAGAUACAAUUCAAAAUAUUUAUGCCGUCCUAGUCAGAACGCUCGGUCCCGCAAGAAAUCAAUCAAGUUCGCUUCGGGUUAGUUUAACGAGACACGUAUCAAGUAACCGGUCAGAAACCACCCGAUGUCACGACUUUAAUUACCGUGAUGGAUAUCACACGUUUUAUUGUUACCAUCCUGACGAAGCUUUAACGACAAGUUACCGGCCAGGAUUCGAUGCCAAAUUUGUGGAUAUCGUUGGAGAAGUUUACAUUGACGAAACAUGCGAUUUUACAAACAUCGUCAAACUCUAUUCUUACCCAGUUAGAGUUUGCGGUAUUCCGGAAGCCCAUCACAAUCAAACCAUAGAACCUUAUGCCAACUAUUACCUAAUCGGUCAACAGGUAACGUACAGGUGUUCUGAUGACGUACACACACUCAUCGGGCAGCCAGAUCGAGUCUGUCAACAUAAUGGUUUGUGGAGUGGAAAUACGCCCAUGUGUGUUCUAGUUCGAAAAUUUCAACCACAAACUCAACUGAUCCAUCGCAUGGGAAACACGGAAUUGUAUUGGCCGGCCGAUCGUCUGUCAAAUGCAACGCGUCUUGAUGAGAUGGAAAUGAUUACUUAUGGAUUCGAGGCUGAAUAUUGCAUCAACCGUACUCUACUGGAAUAUCACUCUGAACUUUCUACAGGUACGGAAUUGUCCGUUUAUACGACGUCUGUCAACGGAACUCGGCAUAUUUGGGCAGCAAACGGCACGUUUGGCAAAUACUCGAAUAAACAAUACUUUGUCCCUCGAGUACCUUUUGUGUGUUGUUCUAAUGUGACAAUUCAAAGACACCAGGACUUAGCGACGCGCGCCAUUUUCAAACGAUCUGAAUUCAUCUAUCAAAUAGAAGCAGAUGGUUACCGCCAUCGUGAGUUCUAUUGUCUGCGACCUCAUCUCUUUCCCAAUAUGAAAUUUUCCAUCAAACCGAACCAUACAAUCGAAAACGGAGUAACUGUGACGAUUGAAUGCAGUAAAGGUUUCCAUCAGCAAAAUGCAGAUCCAGCUGAAAUUCUAUGCGAAAAUGGAAUGUGGAAAGGAAGAUUCCCAAUCUGUGAAAGAAAACAUUGUCCACAGCCCAUCAAGCGCAGUCAUUCUUCCUGGAACUAUGAAAAUAAAGGAUUGAAAUUUAAUCAAGUGCGUUACAAGUGUGACCACGGGUUUGAACUACAAGGCCGUAACGCUGCCACUUGUAUUGAUGGUAGAUGGACUACCCCAUCUCCAACUUGCAAAGUUACGUUUUGUCCGAGUGUUGUUAUGCCACCCAACUUGUUUUGCAUGCUCAAUCGUAAAAACGAGUUUUAUGAUGCCACUGGCAAUGGAACAGUAUUUCACCAUGGCAUUAGUCUUGUUUGCUACUGUCAGUUUGGAUUCCGGGCUAUAGGAAAUAGGACCGUUCGGUGUGAUAAUCAAGAAUGGACGUCAGAGCUUCCGCAAUGUCAAAAGAUAUUAUGUGGGAGCCCUCCAUUCUUGAUUCCAAGCGGUGCGAAUAAUUCCAUCAUCCAGCAACGCCAUUGGGAAAUUGGGUUACACAAUUUUACCUGUCCAGACGAGUUGGUUAUCAAAGAUUAUAAUGACCAAACGUCUCUAGAACUAAUAUGCCAAGAAAACGGUGAAUGGGGUGAAACGGAAGUGUUUGAAUGUGUUAAUCAAACCAAAGGCCUUGAGUGUUAUGUAAUUUCGGGUAUCGUUAUGGGUGUAAUUUUAGGACUGGCGCUAAUUACUGUCUCUGUCGUGUUUGGUAAAAGGCUUAUGAGGAAAGCAGAUAAAACAAAGAAGAUUAACGAGAGUAGAAGAAAUUUGACGAUCGUUGAAGACGAUUACAACCAGAGUUACAUUUCCUAUUCAGAAGAGAUGGAUGAAGGUCCUUGCAUAGCCUUGAUUGAUGGAUACAUGACAAAGCCAUUUUAUUCGACAUACGACACUAAACUAAUCGAAUCGAGCGAAAGUGAAAUAGACGUGGAAACUUUCUAGAUCCGCAAAAUAAUUUUAUACCAGCUUUGUUGACUGUUUGAUAAUAAAAGAAAA